ACCAUCCAUGUAUUCUGUCUGAUUACCACAAUGAACGGCGGCAGCACUGACUCCACUUACAGCCCUCCAGCCAGAGGAAGCAACUUACACGUUUUCUCCUUCCUCUCUGCUUUCACCCAAAAAGGAAACCAUCCACUAACCCAUCGAGCAGAAACAUCCUAACAGCCAUCACUCCUAUGGUCUUUACUGCAGAGCCAGUAUGGAGAAGUCCUCCAAUCAUGUCCACCCCGACCUCCCGCCAAGAUCCAGAAUGCCGCCCAGGAAGGAGAGGGAGAGCGGAGCCUCUGUGCCUCCCAGGAGUCACAGACAAAGGCCAUCGAAGGCAGGCCGGGUCCCCGAGGCAUCAUCAGUGAGGAAAGAGAGACGGCAGAUGGAGAAGCCAGAGACAAAUGUGGAGAAGGUGGAGCUGGAGACAGAAGUGAAGGUGAGGUCCACUGUGGUGGACAUAGACAGCGUGAGAGAGGACGAGGUCAAGGAGGAGAACCUGGGGCUCCUGGAAGCAGCGGAGCAGGAGGACGGUCUGAAGCGCAAGAACCUGGGAGUGUUUGAGUGGCUGCUGAUGGUCUUCGUCUUGGCUCUGGUUCUGCUCGUUCUCCCUUUUUCCAUCUGGUUCUGUGUCAAAGUAGUCAGGGAGCAUGAGAGAGCUGUGAUCUUCAGACUGGGUCACCUACUGCGUGGAAGACCCAGAGGACCAGGCCUUCUUUUCUACCUCCCACUCCUGGAUGUGUGUCACAAGGUUGACAUCAGACUGAAGAUGCUGAAGGUUCCUUCUCACACGGUGGUGACAAAGGACUUGGUGAUGCCGGAGCUGAGUGCAGUGUGUUAUUACCAGAUAGAGAACGUGGCUUUGUGCAGCACGGCUCUGUCCAGUCUGACCACAGUGCUGCAGACUCUGGUCCAGGCAGUGGUCAGAGACGUUCUCUCCCAACACACAUUCAGCCACAUCCUGUUGCACAGGAGGAGGAUCGGACAGCAGAUACAAACGGCGGUUGACUGUGUUGCUUGCCGCUGGGGCAUCAGGGUGGAGAGAGCAGACAUAGAGGAGCUCAGUGUCCCUGUGGAGUUACAGCAGAGUCUGGCAGCCGAGGCCGAGGCUAAGAGACAACACCAGGUCAGAGUAAAAGCAGCAGACGGGGAGAGAGAUGCCUGGGAGGGGUUCAGGGCUUCCCUCCGUCUCCUUCAUCCUGCCCUGGUCCUUCCACUCCCCCCAGAUCUCCUCAGCGUGACCCCUGACCUCUCAUCCCUCCCGCCCCCUCCUCCCCCUGCUGUGGAAGGAGAGAGAGGGACGACAGAUACAGACUCGCCAAUGAUGUGACAUGAAAACGUAUUAUUGAAAACCCAACGGCAGUGAGUGCGAGCCAGUAAUUCUCAGCUUACGGUAGAGUUUCAGGAAAUGUUUUUAU